AUGUUCUACGGACAUGAUCCCGUUUUACAAGAAAUCGGACCUUAUACCUAUGCGUAAGUGUUUUUUCUACGAUAUAGCUAUAAAUAUGUGUAACAAAUCGUUCCAGAAUGAUAGAAAGGAAAGAGAAUAUCAAAUAUUUGGAAGACGGCACCUUAGUAUCUUUCCGGAGCAACAAGACGUGGGCUUUUGAUAAACAGAGAUCAUGUACGACUUGUUCGUGUAAUGAUACUGUAUUCUUGCCCAACCCUCUUUUUAUGGUAAGAACGAAUCCUUGAAACUUGCUUAAAUGUAGCCCAGGCUGUCAACUACUACAAAAGAACCGGUCGGAAGACAAAACUGCUCAAAUUCAUUCUUGAUCUGUUUUUCAUUGCUAUGAAAAUUCAGCCAAUCAAGUGAGCUUCCAUUUCAUGAUUGAUAUUGUAGUAUAAGUUACAGAGAAGUAAGUGUAUGUGGAGUUCUGCUCGAUUCAUAUGAAGAUCCAACAUUGGACUUUAUUCAUACUUCUUUUUACCGAAAGUUAAAGAAGAUGUUCAACAUUCAAGCCCCUGAUUUCAAUGAAAUGGGCUACUUCCCAAGGGUUCGUUUUGUCAAAUAAAAUACAAUGUAGCCCGAUAUCUGAAAUGAUUACUUUUCAGUAUAACAAAACAAGCGACGGUGACUUCCUUAUCAAGACGGGAAAAGAUGAUAUCGCAAAGUGAAAGUGAAACUGCUCCCUAUAAUGAAAACAUUGCUUUUAGCAUUGGCCAAAUUGUCGAGUGGAAUAACAUGACAGAACUUCCAUGGCACACUUCUCCCGAGGCGAAUACACUGGCAGGUUCAAGAGGUACACGAACGAUUGAUCUAUAGGUUUACAUCAAACGCUUCUUAUCGCACAGAUGGAAUUAACCAAAAACCGGGAAUCGGGAAGAGUGACAAAUACGAAAUGUUCCAACCAUUGGCGUGCAGGAAGUUUAGUCUUAGUUACUCCGGUCAUGAAGGACACGUGAACGGAAUUCCGACGCUAACCUUCAGUUUUGACGGUGAUAAUUAUGACGGUGUUGCCAAUCCUGGGUACCGGUACGAGAAUUUAGAGAAAGCUGUGAGAAUUUGAAACGAUUUUGAUUGAGGGUUCAGAGAGAUUUUCAGAAUUAUUUCCCAGACUGGCCUUGCGGUCCCAAUCAUACUGUGGAAAUCACGGAAAGGUGCAUAAAUGUCAGCUGUGACGUUUUUGAAAACUGGUGUGAUAAGUGUUGUAAUGGAAGUUUUAUUAACGGAACAUGGGUUCUACCGCCUGGUAUCAUGGCUUUACGCUGUCAGCCAUGUGAGAACUGGAGUAUCUCACUGAAAAACGUGGCGUUUUUGCAGCUCGAAACAUAGUUUUGCCAGUAGGAUUAUUCCUAUCAACUCCUCACUUUUUGUGGUCCCCCGAAUCUGUGCAGAACAGUUUGAAAGGUCUAAAACCUGAUCCAACUAUGCACCAUCCUGGAAUAUUUCACUUGAACUCAGUUUGUAGCAUCUUCACCUAAUUUAACCAAAUAUCUAUCCGUUUUCAGUUUUCCGGACACACUGUCGGAGCAAAUUUCCGUAUCCAAUUCAAUGUUCCAUUGUAUCCGAAUAUUGGAUUUGUUUGGAACAAAUUACCCACAAGGAUAGUUCCGACCGUCUGGUCGGAGCUAGAUGUUGAGGUGUUGGAUUACGCGUUGGAUUACUUUUACUUUUUUGUUGUGGUCAUUCAAAGAGCAGUUUUCAUUAUGUCCAUAGUUUUACUUGUUCUCUCGGUAUCAGAAAAUGUCGUAAAACACUAUCUAAUUCACAUUUCAGGCUCUGCUAACCAUAUUCUUAAUGUACAAGAUGGUGAGUAGCAGGAACAAUUUUACACCAGCUAAAGGAAAACAGGAAGUGUAUUCGAACAACAAUUGCAGAUUGUGA